CGACUAGAAGAAGACGUCUUGUUGCUACAGCGACUAGAAGAAGACGUCUUGUUGCUACAGCGACUAGAAGACGUCUUGUUGCUACAGCGACUAGAAGAUGACGUCUUGUUGCUACAGCGACUAGAAGACGUCUUGUUGCUACAGCGACUAGAAGACGUCUUGUUGCUACAGCGACCUGAAGAAGACGUCUUGUUGCUACAGCGACUAGAAGACGUCUUGUUGCUACAGCGACUAGAAGACGUCUUGUUGCUACAGCGACUAGAAGAUGACGUCUUGUUGCUACAGCGACUAGAAGAUGACGUCUUGUUGCUACAGCGACCUGAAGAUGACCGACCUGAAGAAGACGUCUUGUUGCUACAGCGACUAGAAGAUGACGUCUUGUUGCUACAGCGACCUGAAGAUGACGUCUUGUUGCUACAGCGACCUGAAGAUGACGUCUUGUUGCUACAGCGACCUGAAGAAGACGUCUUGUUGCUACAGCGACCUGAAGAAGACGUCUUGUUGCUACAGCGACUAGAAGAUGACGUCUUGUUGCUACAGCGACUAGAAGACGUCUUGUUGCUACAGCGACCUGAAGAAGACGUCUUGUUGCUACAGCGACUAGAAGAUGACGUCUUGUUGCUACAGCGACUAGAAGAUGACGUCAUGUUGCUACAGCGACUAGAAGAUGACGUCUUGUUGCUACAGCGACUAGAAGAUGACGUCAUGUUGCUACAGCGACCUGAAGAUGACGUCUUGUUGCUAAAGCGACCUGAAGAAGACGUCUUGUUGCUACAGCGACUAGAAGAAGACGUCUUGUUGCUACAGCGACUAGAAGAAGACGUCUUGUUGCUACAGCGACCUGAAGAAGACGUCUUGUUGCUACAGCGACUAGAAGAUGACGUCUUGUUGCUACAGCGACUAGAAGAAGACGUCUUGUUGCUACAGCGACCUGAAGAUGACGUCUUGUUUCUACAGCGACCUGAAGAUGACGUCUUGUUGCUAAAGCGACCUGAAGAAGACGUCUUGUUGCUACAGCGACUAGAAGAUGACGUCUUGUUGCUAAAGCGACCUGAAGAAGACGUCUUGUUGCUACAGCGACUAGAAGAUGACGUCUUGUUGCUACAGCGACUAGAAGAUGACGUCUUGUUGCUACAGCGACCUGAAGAUGACGUCUUGUUUCUACAGCGACCUGAAGAUGACGUCUUGUUGCUAAAGCGACCUGAAGAAGACGUCUUGUUGCUACAGCGACUAGAAGAUGACGUCUUGUUGCUACAGCGACUUGAAGAAGACGUCUUGUUUCUACAUCGACCAGAAGAAGACGUCUUGUUGCUACAGCGACUAGAAGAUGACGUCUUGUUGCUACAUCGACCAGAAGAAGACGUCUUGUUGCUACAUCGACUAGAAGAUGACGUCUUGUUGCUACAGCGACCUGAAGAAGACGUCUUGUUGCUACAUCGACCAGAAGAAGACGUCUUGUUGCUACAGCGACUAGAAGAUGACGUCUUGUUGCUACAGCGACUAGAAGACGUCUUGUUGCUACAGCGACUAGAAGAAGACGUCUUGUUGCUACAGCGACCUGAAGAUGACGUCUUGUUGCUACAGCGAGUAGAAGAUGACGUCUUGUUGCUACAGCGACCAGAAGAAGACGUCUUGUUGCUACAGCGACUAGAAGAAGACGUCUUGUUGCUACAGCGACUAGAAGAUGACGUCUUGUUGCUACAGCGACUAGAAGACGUCUUGUUGCUACAGCGACUAGAAGAAGACGUCUUGUUGCUAAAGCGACCUGAAGAAGACGUCUUGUUGCUACAGCGACCAGAAGAUGACGUCUUGUUGCUACAGCGACCAGAAGAUGACGUCUUGUUGCUACAGCGACCUGAAGAUGACGUCUUGUUGCUACAGCGACUAGAAGAAGACGUCUUGUUGCUACAGCGACUAGAAGAAGACGUCUUGUUGCUACAGCGACUAGAAGAUGACGUCUUGUUGCUACAGCGACCUGAAGAUGACGUCUUGUUGCUACAGCGACUAGAAGAAGACGUCUUGUUGCUACAGUCAGUGUCACGAUCUGACAACGUCCAUCAUAAUUAUGAGAUAGGGACGCUACUAGACCGGACUAAAAUCGGCGACAAAAGCCGAUUAUGUAAAUAG